UGCCUCGCCCGCAGCCCCCUGACGAAGGUGAAGCUGAUCAAUGAGCUGAACGCGCGGGAGGCGGAGCUGGGCGUGCAGGAGGCGGUGUCGUGGCACGCGGAGUACAAGGACAGCGCUUGGAUCUUUGUGGGCGGGCUGCACUACGCGCUGACCGAGGGUGAUGUCAUCUGCGUGUUCUCGCAGUAUGGCGAGGUCGUCAACAUCAACCUCGUGCGGGACAAGAAGACCGGGAAGUCCAAGGGCUUCUGCUUCCUCUGCUAUGAGGACCAGAGAAGCACCAUCCUGGCUGUGGAUAACUUCAAUGGCAUCAAGAUCAAGGGACGGACCAUCCGCGUGGACCACGUGGCCAACUACCGCCCCCCCAAGGAGUCUGAGGACUGGGAUGACGUGACUAGAGCCCUCCAUGCCAAGGGCUGCGGGGUCAAAACGCCACCUCACACCUCAUCCGAGUCCUCGUCUGAGGAUGAGGAUGUGCCCGUGAAAAAGCAGAAAGUUCCAGAGAAGCAGCGGAGCAGAGCAGAACGGUCAAAGUCGAGCCCACAAGCUGGGAAGCGGGUGAGCACGGAGGAGCCCCCUGCCAGGAUCAAGAUCAAGAAGGAGAAGGAGGACCCCGGGUACGAGCGCUAUGCUGGCAGCAGCGCCGGCAGGAACGCCGGGAGCAGGACGCAGCGGGAUGAGGAGCAGCGGCGGCACCAGCGGCACUCGGACAGCAGGGGGGACAAGAACUGCCGCGAGCAGAGGGGCCAGAGCGGCUCCUGGGAGGAGCGGGAGAAGAGGGAGGAGGCUGGCAGGAGAGGCGACGGGCACAGCAGCCGGCAAGAUGCGUCCCCCAGGGGAGGCAGAUCUCGUGAGCUCCAUUCCAGGCACAGGGAGCGGGGCUCUGGCAGAGAUUCCGGUCGCUGCUGAGUCCUGGGUGAGCAUUUGGGGUGAGGGAGGCUCUGAGCCUGCCUAAACCUGCUCCAAGCUCCUGGGCUGCCAUGGCUGGACCUUUCACCUGGGAGCUUCCCUUUGCCUCUCAUCCCACCCUGGGUCAGGGCUCUCCAUGCUGCCUGUGCUGCUGGCUGGGACAGGGCUCUGUCCUUUGACUGGGGAGGGUGUCCAGCAGUCAAGGCCGGGAGCAGCAGGAUGCGCUCCUUCCCUAAAUCCCUUGGGGCGGUGUCCCCCUCUUGCACGGGGGCAGAGGCUGCUGGGUGUCUUGUCUGGCUUCGUGGGUUUGGGCCCUGUGCCCACCCAGCAUCUUCUGGAUUCCACGAUGUAUCCAUAGGGCUGCACCGCUGUGUUGGGGUGAUUUAUCAUGGAUUUGUUUAAAGGUUUCUUAAUAAAAGUUCCUGCUAGGGAGAAGCUGG